AUGUCUCGCCAGAAACCCUUAAAAUCAUCAGAGCAAUCGAUACCAGCGUACUCCUCAAUUACAAUCAAUGGUGAAUCCAGCGAGAACAUUGAUGAAGUAGUAGACAAUGAAGUAGUCCUCGAGUUCGGCGGUCCGUGGGGAGUCACUGCUAUGAUGAUUGGCUUCCCUCCGCUAAUGUAUUAUUUAUGGGGGUGUCUCAAUUUCUACGGAGGAGCGAUCGUAUCUCCACUGAAUCGUGACCUGUGGAAGCAGAUAAUAGAUGGAGCUUAUCCCACUUGGCAUGCAACGACCAUCUACGUCCUGUUUGUAUUAUUUCAAUUAUUUCUCGCAUAUAUAAUGCCUGGCCCUAUCGUUCAAGGCGCUCCAGUGCCGUCUUUAAAGGGACGGAAGUUGGAUUACCUUUGUAACGGACUGACGUCAUGGUAUGCCACUUUGAUCGUGUCGUGCGUUCUCCAUUUAAAUGGAUGGUUUAGGCUUUCCGAGGUGAUCGAUGAGUUUGGACAUUUAAUGACCGCAGCCAUUAUGACUGCAUUCAUUCUUACAAUUAUGAUAUACGUGAUUGCUGUCGCGACAAACAAGCAGCACAGAAUGUCUGGGUAUUUGAUGUAUGAUUUAUUCAUGGGAGCGCCAUUAAAUCCGAGGAUACGGCAUGUUGAUUUGAAGAUGUUUGCUGAGGUCAGAAUUACCUGGGUUUUGCUAUUCUUCAUCACAAUAUCGGCAGCUGUGAAGCAAUAUGAAUUGUUUGGAUAUGUAUCAGCACCAAUGUGGUUUAUGGUGCUUGCUCACUUCUUAUAUACAAACGCAUGUAUGAAAGGUGAAGAGUGCAUUCCUACAACGUGGGAUAUGACCUAUGAGAAGUUUGGAUUUAUGCUUAUAUUCUGGAAUCUCGCUGGAGUUCCAUUCACGUAUUGUUAUUCAACACUGUAUCUCCAUAUUUCAAGCAUCAACAAUAACAAACCGGUGGAGCAUUCACUAGGAUUCACCGUAUUCUGUUACGUGCUAUUACUCGUAGGAUAUUACAUUUGGGACACAGCAAACUCGCAAAAGAACCGUUUCCGCAUGAUCAUGAAUGGCACUUAUAUUUCCCGAUAUGCCUUUCCUCAACUUCCUUGGGGUACGCUAGAAAACCCAACAUUCAUCAAGACUCAACAAGGCAAUCUUCUCCUCACGGGUGGAUGGUGGAGCAUUGCUCGGAAGAUACACUAUACAGCUGACCUCAUAAUGGCCUUUUCAUGGGCAUUCAUCACCGGAUUUGAGACAGUAAUUCCGUUCUUCUACCCGGUGUUCUUUGUUAUAGUGUUAAUACAUAGAGUCAGUAGAGAUAUGCACAGAUGUGCCAGAAAAUAUGGAAAAGAUUGGGAGGAAUAUUGUAAAAAAGUCCCCUAUAUUUUUAUUCCUGGUGUUUACUAG